AUGCCCGAAGCUAUCCUCGACGACAUAUCCCAUCGACGUUAUAACCCGCUACGAGGAUCAUGGGUGCUGGUCAGUCCGCACCGGACGAAGCGACCAUGGCAGGGACAGCAAGAGGCUGCAAGCAAGAUCGAGCUGCCGCAAUAUGACCCUUCAUGUUAUCUGUGUCCUGGCAAUAAGCGCGCACAAGGCGACGUAAAUCCCAAGUACGACAAGACGUUCGUUUUCGUCAACGACUUCGCUGCGGUCAAGGAGCAACAAGCGGAGUACGAGCCACCUGUACAAGACGGAUGUAAGGCAGACGUAAGCAUGUCCACGAUGGCAAAGCUGAUGGGAGGGACAGCAUUGGCAACACGGUUAUUGAGAGCGGAAAGCACGACCGGCAAAUGCUAUGUCAUCACCUUCGCCCCAGCGCACAAUGUCACCCUCGCAGACAUGCCGGCGGAAAGUAUACUGCCGGUGAUAGAUACCUGGACCAAGAUCUACACUUCCCAUGUCGACCCACACUCGCCGCUUGCCCAAGCAGCGAAGUCAACAACGCUUCCAGCAUCAACACCCAAUGGCAACACUCAGCCCAAUCAACAGUACCGCUAUAUGCAGAUCUUCGAAAACAAAGGGCAAGCAAUGGGCUGCUCAAACCCGCAUCCGCACGGCCAGAUAUGGACGACCACGUCAUUACCGGAGGAGCCCAGCAUCGAGUUACAGAACCUCCAGCAGUACCGGAGAGAGCAAGGAGGCGCCAACCUACUGGAAGACUACGCUUCGCUGGAAAGCGAGAAGGGUGAGCGGACAGUCUUCGAAAACGCCAGCUUCUGGGCCGGGUGUCCGUGGUGGGCUACCUGGCCGUUCGAGAUCAUGGUGAUUGCGAAAAAGCAUAAGCGGGCGCUUGUGGACUUGGACCAGCAGAACCAGGACGACCUUGCGCAAGUUAUUUCGGAGAUUACAAGGAGAUAUGAUAACCUGUUCGAGACGAGCUUUCCUUACAGCAUGGGCAUCCACCAAGCCCCACUGACCGGCACGAACGAGGAGAUCGAAGCCUCGCACUUCCACAUGCACUUCUACCCACCACUUCUGCGGAGCGCAACCGUACGCAAGUUCCUGGUGGGCUACGAAAUGAUGGCGGAGCCGCAACGAGACAUCACGCCCGAGCAGGCGGCCAAACGACUGCGUGACUGUGGCGGACCGCUGUAUCGGGAGAGCCUGAAAUGA